AUGACUUGUGCCCAGGGUCAAACUCUAGCAUUUUUUUUCUUUCUGGUAAAGCUUUCGACCCUAACACCAGGGGUAACACAUACAAAGUCAAGAGGUAUGGACUCAAUGUCAACAACAUCGAUAAUGCCUAACACCAACAAGAACAAGAAAAAAAAGUCGCCUCUUGGAAAAAAGAAGCCGAAUGCGGAGCGAAAAAUUUACAACUUGCACACCAAAGCAAUUUUGACUUCCCUAAUUACAACAUUUACGGCUGGACCAUCCUUUCCCACUGAAGUGCCAUCUUCUCCUCUCACUGUUCCAGCCUUCCAAACCCAAGCAACCUACACCUCCCUUACACUAGAGACCCGUGACAAAUCGCCGCAGACCUAUGCUGGUAAUUACCACCAGUCUAGUUCCGUUCGUGACGGCCCCGCGCUCACUAAUGCUCAGGGGUCUGUUGCUGGACCACCAAUGGCGAACAAAAAUCCUCAAGCCUCGUGGAAAAAGAGGUUACUUGACGGAAAGGGCUUCAACGAGUCCUUACUCAAGAAAAGGCGGUGGCACAAGGUUACCUGCGACCCCAAAGAAGCGCUGCAUGACAACAAUCAAAUUAAGAGCCUGUUAUAG